AUGGAAAAAAUUAAAAAAAAUGAGUUACUAAAUGUAAUUCCUACCCCAUUAAAGAGUUCACAAUUUACAACCCUAGCCACUUUUCCCAGUGCUAGUGAAAAAACAAAUGAUGAUGCGGCUGUGAGCACUGGGAUUGGAGCGACACAUCCAAAGCAUUUAAUGUUAACUGACCUUCCAUUGAGAAUGGAUGACAUGUUUUGUAAGGAGAAUUUGUCAGAAAGCAAAUUUGUGUCUUUCCAAAAAUGUAUCCCUGAACAGAAGAAUUUACUAAAUGAAUUGCAUUCUGAACAUUAUAUUGAAC